AUGGAAAAUAUAAGAGUGUUGGUCAGAGUUAGACCGCUAAACUAUAGAGAAACCCAUUUGGGAGCCAAUUCUUGUGUUACGACCUCAAAUAAUUCAGUUAUCCUAGAUAGUAAGAAGGAAUACAAUUAUGACCAUGUAUUGGGAACCAACUCAACACAAGAACAAGUCUUUGAUAAAAUUGGAAUGUCUACACUUGAAUCAUUUUUGAAUGGAUUAAAUUGCUGUAUCUUUGCCUAUGGCUAGACUGGAGCAGGCAAAACCUACACAAUGUAAGGCAAAGGAUUAGAUGAUGUACAAAACGAUGAAACUCAUCUGGGAUUACAGCCUAGAUUGAUUUAAAAACUCUUCCUCGACUUACCCAAAGAAAAUACUUGGACCAUCAAAUGUACCUACUUGGAAAUUUAUAAUGAAUAAUUGAUUGAUCUAUUAAAUGAUACAAAGCCAUUGCCUCUCACAAUCAGAGAAGACUCAAAGAGAGUAUAUGUUGAGAAUCUCACUGAAAUUGCAGCUAGUUCCUACAACGAUGUUCUGUCUUUACUAUAAAAGGGAAUUAACAAUAGACAUGUUUCAGCUACUUAAAUGAAUCUGGAGAGUUCGAGAAGUCAUUCUGUUUUUACAAUCUAAUUUGAACAAAGAACUAAGGGAAUGUACACCAGAAGGAGCAAAUUAAAUUUUGUUGAUUUAGCUGGUAGUGAAAGAUAAAAAUUAACUGCUGCAACUGGUGAAAGACUUAAAGAAGCAGCUAACAUCAAUAAGUCUUUAACAGUUUUAGGAUUAGUUAUUAAUUCCCUUGCUGAGAACCCAAAGAGAUUUAUACCAUACAGAGAUAGUAAGUUAACGUUUUUGUUAAGAGAAAGUUUGGGAGGGAAUUCUAAAACAGUUAUGAUUGCAACGAUCUCUGAAGCAAGUAGUUCCUUUUAAGAAACUUUGGGAACUUUAAAAUUUGCUUCGAGGGCCAAGAAUAUUAGAAAUCAAGCAAUUGUUAACGAAGAAGUGGGAGGAAAUGUAGAAAGUCUCAAGGCAGAAAUCAAGAGAUUAAAAAAUGAACUUCAAUAAUAGAAUUCCAAUUCAGAGAUAUUCCCUAAAAAGUAAAAGGAAGUAGAAUUGAUUUCACAGAUAUCCAGUCUUAAUAGUUAACUCAAUGAAAGUGAGUUAUUCUAAGAAUAAUUGAGUAAAGAAUUAAAGUAAAUGAAGGAGUAUUAUGAGUCGAGAAUAGUAGAAUUAGAAGAGAAUAAUGAAAAGAAUACUGAAUCAAUUAAAAUUGAUCAUUCAAACAGGGACAUUUAAUUGCAACAAGCUAUUGAAACUCAAAAAGAACUAAGACAUAAAAAUGAGAUCUUAAAUUAGAGAAUACUUGAAUUGUCUUAAGAAGAUACAAUCUUAAAGCAUAGAAGAAAUGAAUAAUAAUUAAUUAUUACUUAAUUAGAAUAAACACUUAAAGAGGUUCACAAAGAUAAAGAAUUAUUGGUUGCUGAAAUAGAGAACCAAUAAUCACUUAUUGAAAAGUAUGAGAAUCAAUUAGAUACAUUCCAAGAAGAUAAAUCACAAUAAAUCUAAGACUUAGAGAAUAAAAUUGCAGAAUUAAACGAUUAAUUAUAAUUGUAUAAGGAUUAAAUGGAUACAGAUGCAUAAACUAUUGAGUUUUAGAGUGAUGAAAUAUCAAGAUUACAAUUGGAAAUUGAUUAAAUCAAAGUUGAAUUGGAGAAUCUCCAAUCGAAUUUGAAAUCCUUAUAGGAAUAAUCAAAAGAUAAAGAUAAUUUAAUUGAAGAAUAGGUAAAAGAACUCAUCAAAUAUAGAAAAUUAAGCAACGUUAAAUCUAAAAAGUUUUUAAAGUGCUUGAAAGUACUCAAAAAAGAGAAAGAAAAUUAUCAUCAUUUAGAGCUAAGAUAACUUGAUUUUCUCUAAGAACUUAAUUAACAAAUGGAACUUGAAUAAACUGUUCCCACUAAUGAGUCUAUAUAAGUUGCCGUAAAACAAAAGUUUGAAAAUAUACAAAACUUACUAAAUAAUGAAGUGUAAGCGACCAUUUAGUUAAAUAAAGAAAAGGAGAAUUAUUUGAAUUUAUAUAAUCAAACCUAAGGAUCUUUAGAUAAUAUAUCUAAAGAAAAUGAGAUCUUGAAGUCAGAACUAGAGAAAAACAAAGUGAAUAAAGAGGCAGUCUAAAGAUACAUGCAAUUGAAAGAUGAGUUUUUAUAUUAGAAAGAAAAAUUAGGUAAGUUCUUAGAUAGUUUUGAUAUUAUCAAUUAAAAGCUUAUAAUGAAAGAAAAUGAGAUUAGUAAACUCAAAUCUGAACUGAAUUUAGAAUAAACUUAGAGAACUAAAGCAUUAGAAGAAAUUGACAAGCUUCGUACUGCUAAAAUAGAAUUGUCCAAUACUAAAAAUGAGUUACAAUAAACAAUUUAAUAAAUGUAAAUGAAUAUUUAGAAUGAGUUGGAUGAAAUUAAAUAAAAAAAAUUAUCUGAUAAUGUAUUAUUCUUAUAAAAGGCAAACUAAAAGUUGAAUGCUGAUUUGUCAACACUCUAAAAAUGUUAUAAGCAAUUAUUAGAUGAGAAGGAAAUUAUGUAAAAAAAAUAUGAAGAAAAACUAAUUUAUUCUGUUGAUCUUACUAAAAUGAGAAAAGACAUUAAUAUCACUAAUCAACUUAAAGAAUAAUUAGAAAAGAAAGAAAAGGACUAUCAAUCGCUUUUAAAGGAAUUAGAAUUAUUGGAUGAGUUUUUCAAAAGUAUCAAUGUUAAAAGAUUUUGCAACUCUUAGACUUUGAAUGAAGGAUCUACAAGCGAAAAAGUCAAAUAAUAUUUUUAAUAUUUGAAUUAAUGCGAAUAAGAAUUUGAAUUCCGUCAAUAUCAAUUAAGAACCAAUCUACAAUUGCUAAAUAUAGAAUAAGCUAGCUGCAAUAUGAUUAAAGAGGAAAAUAGAAUGCUAAAGAUGUAACUAAGAUAAUGA